CCCUCUUAAAAAAACCCAAACCCUUCUUCCUCUCUUUUCGCCGCGAUCCCCAAAACUAAAAUGGCUUCCAGCCGGAGGGCCAUCUCCUGCGGCUUCUCCCACCUCUCCCGCCGCCUCCGCCCCUCCUUCGCCCACUUCCUCCUCCUAGAUCGCGAUGAUUCCUCGCCUCGCUCUCCAUCGCCUAUCCCCAAUCGGAGUUACUCUUCCUCCCGAUUCCUCUCCGGCAUCAGUUCUCCCUCCCGGGAUCGGCCUGAGUUAGGGUUUUCCAUCCCUUUUGGUCUUGCUCUUGGUCGUCGGAAUUACUCUUCUAGCACUGAGGGAUCCAGCGAGGUCGAUGUUAUCAAAGACGUGGCUGGAGUCCUGACGGAUACUACCUUCGAUGCUGCCGCUGUGGUGGCUUCCGCUGCUCCAGCUCCGUUUCCAGGUGAAGUGGCUGCUGCUGCCGCGGAUUCUUUCCUCCCUGUUGCCGCGCUGCAGUAUUUGAUUGAUGGGGUUCACUCGGCUACUGGUUUCAAUUGGUGGGUUUCCAUUGCUUUGACAACUGUUUUGAUUCGUUCGGCAACGAUUCCGCUCCUCCUAAACCAGAUGAGAGCCACUGUCAAACUUAAUAUGAUGAGGCCAGAGUUGGAGGAACUCAAGGAACAAAUGCAAAAUUCGAUGGAUCCACAAUCUGUUCAUGAAGGUCAAAAGAAAAUGAAAGCCUUAUUCAAGAAGUAUGGUGUUACUCCAUUUACUCCUUUGAAGGGCAUUUUCAUCCAAGGCCCAAUUUUUGUCAGUUUUUUCAUGGCCAUCUCAAACAUGGUAGAAAAGGUGCCAUCUUUCAAAGGAGGUGGGAUUUCUUGGUUUACAGAUUUGACAACUCCUGAUCCUUUUUAUGCUCUUCCAGUUUUAACAGCGGCAACUUUCUUGGCUACUGUAGAGUUGAAUAUGCAAGAAGGUAUGGAAGGGAAUCCCAUGGCUAAUACAAUGAAGAACUUCUCCAGAGUGCUUGCUUUUAUGACAGUCCCAUUCACUGCCACCUUUCCAAAGGCCAUCUUCUUUUAUUGGAUGACUUCAAAUUUUUACUCUCUUCUGUAUGGACUUGUGAUUAAACGGCCACCGGUAAGGAAGUUUUUGAACCUUCCGGAUAUCGUUCCUCAGCCAACUCCAACAACGCAGCCAAACUUCAAUUUCUUUGGUGGAUUGAAAUCAAUUUCAACGAUAGACUCUCCAUCACCGAUAGACUCUUCAUCACCACCAAUCCAGCAAGCUGAGGAACAUAAAUCGUCAGAUCGAAAGAUAUCUUCAUCCUCUGUUAUCAGCCAGAGGAUCAGGAACCUAGAAAAAACCGUCAAAAGCAGACGUAAACCAAAGAGGAGAUGAAGAAUGGUCUAGUUUUCGGAUCUUGAGCAUGAAGGGGUUAUCUCACUACUAAGUAAUUACACUGCAAUUAUUUAAUAAUUUUGGCUUGGGGGAGAAUCAAUUUUGUGGAGAACAAAUCAAUCUGCCUUUGUUCUGGCACUUUAAAGUUAUUCUAGAAUUUAAGUCUGAGUCCAUACAAAGCCAAUGCUGAUAGAUAGCAUGGUGUAUCAAAUUUUAUUCUUUGUUUUUGUUUCUUACUUUUAAGCUAUUGAUAUUUUAAAUUUUGCUACAAUUUGUGGUAGAAUUUUCUUUAA